CACGAUGACCGCCUCACAAACCUCCACCAGCACAAGAGUUACGCCCCAAGGCCGCGAAAACCUCUAGCCUACUCAUCAUGAGGCUUCUCAAAUCGCAAAUCGAACAAAAAACGGGUGCAGGGUGGGCGACCCUACUGCCAGAAGAGCCCGAGGAUAUGUGGCAUGCGUAUAACUUGAUUCAAGAAAACGAUCGGAUACGCGCAAAAGCAGUACGGCGAGUCUCCAAGACGUCUGAUGCCGGCUCUACCUCGUCGCAACGAAUCACCCUCGACCUCACCAUCGCUGUAACGUCAACCGACUUCGAUAUUGGCUCGGGCCAACUCCAUGUCUCAGGGCGCGUCGCCGUAGAGAACGAGCACGUCAAAUUAGGGCAGCACCACACGCUAGAUCUCGAGCUCAACAGGAAGUUUACACUAGAGAAGGCAGAUGGCUGGGACAGCGUCGCGCUGGAAAUGCUGAAAGAGGCAUGCGACAAUGACAAGAGAGCAGAGCUAUGGGCCGUGGUAUUAGGCGAAGGCACAGCGAAUAUAUGCAUGAUAACCGAGCACCAAACCAUCCUCCGCCAGAGAAUAGAGAUGUCCGUACCGCGAAAACGAAAGGGUGGUGUAGACGGGCACAGCAAGGGCAUGGACAGGUUCUUCUCAACCACGCUCUCUACUCUCCUCCGCCAGAUCGAUCUCCCGAACACCUCGACGACACAGCAAGGCAAGAUGCUGCCGCUAUUACUAGCAAGCCCCGGCUUCGUCGCAUCCGCCUUUCUCGCCUUCAUAAGAGCCGAAGCCACGCGCACGACGAAUAAACCCUUACUCGCCCUCAUACCCUCCAUCAUCAUCGCCCACUCCUCCUCCGCACAUAUCCACUCGCUCAACGAAAUCCUCUCGUCGCCCGCCAUAACAACGAAACUCUCCGACACAAAAUACGCACGCGAAACCGCCCUAAUGGACAAAUUCCUCACGCUGAUGCGCCAAGAUGACGGGCGCGCAUGGUACGGUCCGCGAGAAGUGGAGCGAGCAGUCGAUAAAGGGGCCGUCGGGCGCGGCGGCGGGGUCCUGUUGAUCAACAACGCGUUGUUCCGGGCGCAGAAUAUAGCAGAGCGGAGAAGAUGGGUCAAGUUGGUUGAUCGGGUACGCGAGGCCGAGGGCGGAGAAGUCAGGGUCUUGAGCUCACUGCAUGAGAGCGGGAAGCGGUUGGAGGGCCUGGGCAGCAUCGCUGCUAUACUCACCUACCCGCUUGAAGACCUUGAUGAGGAGCAAGAGGGCGAUGAUGUGCAUGGAGGGGAAGGCGAGAAUGGAGAAAUGAUUAUAUAGAGACUAAAGCAUUGACAUGGGCUUUAGGUGGCUUGCUACGUGGAGUCAUGGUGGCGCAAUAUACCCCUUUGAAUACACAUUUGAAUCAAAUGAUACGUACAAUCGUAUAUUAGCUCUUAUAUCGUGACCCAUCACGGACAUUUCGCGCAUCAAGGUAUAGCGUUGGAAACUCGCACUACCAAUCUAUCUAUUCGCACUACAACUUCUAACUUCGUUAUGACAAGCUUGUACCGUGAGUGCAAAAAGAUAUAUUAAACAGAUAAUAACACAAUAGUUUACAU